GUGUGUUAUUAAAGUGACACCGGUCACUGACUGAACUUUGUGUCGGCGGCCUUGUUUUUGCUCUCUCCUCAGCGAUGUCUAGUCUAGCCGAUAAGGUUGUGAUCAUCACAGGUGCCAGUUCCGGUAUUGGUGCUAGCACAUGUGUGCUAUUGUCCCAAUAUAACCCUAAGUUGGUGCUGACCUCUCGCAAUGUAAACAACUUAGACAAGGUAGCCAAGCAGUGCCAAGAUAAAGGACUCUCACCGGACAGGGUUUUGGUUGUUCAAUGUGACGUAGACAAGGAAAGUGACCUCCGGAACCUUGUGGAUCAGACUCUCUCCAAGUUUGGACAAAUUGAUGUACUGGUUAACAACGCAGGAAGCAGUGUGUACCGGUCAAUCAUGGACACGACUUUAGACAUGUUUGAUCAGACCGUGAGGACCAAUUUACGGGCGCCUUUCUACCUCAGUCAACUGUGUAUACCGCAUUUGAUCAAAACACAAGGUAACAUCGUCAACGUAUCUAGUAUAUCGUCCACCAAAGCGUUCCCCACCGCCAUUGCCUACUGCAUGGCCAAGGCAGGACUUGAUCAUCUCACCAGGACCUUAGCUGUUGAUCUCGCGGAAAAGAAAGUCCGCGUAAACUCCGUCAAUCCCGGGGUGAUCGUUACCAACUUCCAGAAGAAUGCGGGUAUGGCUGAUGACAAAUAUGAGAAGUACAUUGAGCGCCAGAAAACUCUUCAGCCACUAGGUGGUGCUGGCGACCCCGAAGAGGUUGCCAAAGCGAUUCAGUUCCUUGCAUCCAAUGACUCUUCAUUUAUUACUGGUCAGCUGUUAUUUGUGGACGGAGGACGUCACGUGUUUUCGCCAUGUUAGAAACCACGUGACAACUCACUAAGAGCUUGGAGACAUCAAUGCUGCACGGCAGAUCAGGGGAUUGCAGUCAGCAUAAACCUAUGACAACUUAAUGUAUCCAUACUGUUGCACCAUUCACCAGGACUUUGAUGUGAUCCAAUAGAACACAACGCAAUUUAAUAAAAAAAAAAAAAACACAAACGAAAACUAAACUCCUCUCUUUUUAUAAAUGUUUGUUUUUUCUUUUAUGCGUGUUACAAACAUAAGUCCUAGUUCGAUUACGUCUGUUUUCAUGAUUACGCAUGGCGAGUCUUUGUUCGAUGCCGUCUACAUGUUGUGACCUAUAAAUAGCUAGGACUCGAGCAUUAGAUCUACAUGCCACUUUAUAAAUAAUCUAAUCUCAAACAUAGCGCUAUAAAUAUUUUGCCGUAUGGUUGUUGUCAUCAUUUUUAUGACGUCACAAUAGAAGGGCUAUAUACUGCGUUAUAAUUGACUUUUGCUGUCGCCAUAUUAUUAUGUUUUUUAUUAUGUCAUAGAAGAUUGUAAGUAAAUAACUGCUUUCAGUAAUUCGGUAAUGUACAAACUGAUAAAAGGUACAUUACACAUGAACUAGUUGACAUUCAAUAAUGCCCGUACUUGUCAUCUAAAAGCAUUGCGAUCCUGUAAUAUGAAGUUUGAAUGCAAGCAUCAUUGUGAUUUCUAUCCACGUAUUGAUUAACAGAAGCUCCACAUACCUUGAGGGUGUGACAGAGAAAUCUCCACAUACCUUGAGGGUGUGACAGAGAAAUCUCCAACCGAAGGGGUGAUUUAUUUGGUUGUCUAUCCCGAUUGUUGGAGAUGUCUCUGUUACACUUUCAAGGUAGGGGAUGAAUAUUCUUUCUCCAAUCAUUCCAAUACCAUGUAUAUAAAAUAACAGUGUUCAGCAUUUGUAAUAUUUAUUUUAUUCUGGUUUGCACAUGACAUCUCCCGUCAAAAUAUGAUUAUGACGUCACACCCGUGCUCCCGUGACGUCAUAGUUUCUGCGUGCAAUCUGUCAUACCUUAGGGGUCGUAAGGCCCCCGGAAUAAACUUGAAUGGAAUUGAAUUGAUAGGGAAACCAUACCCUAGGAGUGACAGAUAACUCAUACCCUAGGGGUGACAGAGAACUCAUACCCUAGGAGUGACAGAGACAUCAUACCUUAGCUGGUGACAGAAAAAUCAUACCCUAGGAGUGACAGAUAAAUCAUACCCUAGGGGUGACAGAGACAUCAUACCUUAGCUGGUGACAGAUAAUUCAAACCCUAGGGGUGACAGAGAAAUCAUACCCUAUGGGGUGACAGAUAAAUCAUACCCUAGGAGUGACAGAGACAUCAUACCUUAGCUGGUGACAGAUAAUUCAUACCCUAGGGGUGACAGAGAAAUCAUACCCUAGGGGUGACAGAGACAUCAUACCUUAGCUGGUGACAGAGAAAUCAUACCCUAGGAGUGACAG